AAAUUCACUGAACCACUCUUGAUUUUGAUACAAGUGCAAAACGUUCAAACCGUUGUUUCAGUGUUUCAACUUCUUUAACUAAAAAUGGGCGAAGAACUUGAUGUAAGUAAAGAUGAAAACAAUAUUUCGCCAAUAACAGAUGCAAAUAACGGGGAGAAAAAUGUUUUAUUGCAUCAAAAGGUCAUUGAACAAUUGGAGUAUUAUUUUGGAGAUUACAAUUAUCCUAAGGAUAAAUUUCUCCAAGAGCAAAUUUUGUUGGACGACGGAUGGAUUCCCAUAUCAACACUGAUGUCAUUUAAAAAAUUGUCUGCAAUUAUACAAUCAGACAAAAAUGUUCUAGUAGAGGCAUUUGGAAAUUAUAAAAAUGAUUUACUCGAAAUAUCAAAAGAUAAUUUGAAAAUCAGAAGAUCACCAGAUAAGCCAGCACCUAAACUAACAGAGGAUUAUAUUAAAGAAGUGCUGAAUAGAACAGUGUAUGUGAAAGGAUUUUUUGCUGCAACAAAGUUUGAUGAAAUUAAAGAUUUUUUUUCUAGUUACCAAACUGUUGAGAAUAUUGAGCAACGCUUUUUCAAAGACAUUGUAAAAUCUACAAGAAUAUUUAAAGGUAGCGUUUUUGCUACUUUUUCUACAAGACAACAAGCUAUCAGUUUCCUGGGACACAAUAGCAUGUAUUUCAAGAAUCGAUUAAUAAUCAGAAUGUGGAAGGAAGAAUAUCUUGAAGUUAAGAGAAUAGAAAGUCUUAAAAAGAAAAUGUUUGAAACAGCUUCUUCCAACAAACUCCAAAUUAAGAUACCCACAGGUGCUAUGUUUGCUAUUGAAAAUUUUACUUCAGUUGCAAAUCGAUUUGAUAUUAAAAAUGCUCUAUCAAAGUUUGGUCUCGAUGUUGCUUUCGUGGAUUUCAGAGAUGAUGGUAGUUCAGUUUGGAUCCGUUUACAUAAAGAAAAUGAAGCAAAGGAAUUUAUCAAUAAAAUGAAAGGACUACUGAACAUAUUAGGUCAAAAUGUUAAUAUUCGAUUAAUAGAAGGUGAAGAAGAAACUGAUUACUUAAACAAAGUCAAAGGAAUAAUGCAGAACAGCAAUUCUUUAAAUAAAACUAAAACAAACCAACAAAAUAAAAAACGUCAAAAUGAUAAUAAAAGUAAACAAAAUAACAAACGACAAAAAGUUGAAUAAUAAGUUGAAAAUAAUA